UACUAGUUUACCAUGUUUACUACCUGUGCUUUUAGCUGGAGUUGUUAGGCAGAACAAACAUGAAAGGCGUCAGGCAUACGUUGACAGGACGAAAGUUGUUCAACGCCCCAAUUCUGUUUACAUUGAUGUGUAUUGCUACUGCUUCUACUGUUGCGGCUGCUGCGAGGUAGCUACAUCGCGUAGUUUUACAUGUAUCUAAUAGGCAUAGGCAUAUGCAUUUGUACAUUUGCAUACGGAUCAACUACAUGUACGGCAUGUCGGAUGACAGGAUGUGCCUUGGAUAGCUUUCCCCCAUAAUACUUGUAGGUAGGGAUUCAUCAUCAGCCCCAUAAGAGGUAUGUGCGUGUAACUGCAUGUAUCCAGCUCUGCUUCACAGCCAGAUGGCAGGAACCAGGGGUAAACAAAGACAUUCUUGGUCCCGCUCCCCCCUAAAAAUAGGUUGAUGCCCCAUGGGACGGAUAUCUUUCGUUCGUCUGAAACUUAGCAAAAGCGGGAUCGGAACCAGCGGCUUCUGCUGCCCUCUUCCGCAGUCAUGGCGUUCAAUAUACCACUGAAUCAGUGAGCGUCAGCAGCAAAACGGACAAGUAAACAAACGACACCACGCUAAAGUCACACAAUGGCUGGACUGGUUGGCUCACGCCGUUUGACAAGAGUGGCGGGGCAACGCUGCUCAAUGCGCGGUUGCGGAUUACAGGAUACAGGGGAGAGACCAGGCCGAUACGCGUGCAUUGAUUCAGUGCAAUGUACCUGGAAUCAAAGACCAUCGGCCAACCGCCUAUCUGUGCCUCUUGGAAAGGCAUAGAAUACAUGUGGGCAAAAGGCAAGAUGUACCAUGCGCGUACUGCGCAGCCUAAUAGCCCACGCAUAUUCUCUCUAGAUUCCUCCCACAUGAGCUAUAAGGAAUUCCGAUAUACUCCAAAAGGAGUACGCUAUGUAGCUCACUAGGCAACGUCAAAUAUAGAAGAUAUGAAGUGUAUGUGUACCAUCGAAUUUGACUUGAAAAGAGAGCGUCUGUCGAGCGCGAAUGCGAGAUGCUAGGGGUAGAUGUUGGGACUAAAAGAGGAUCAAGUGGCGUUGAAGCGUCUUUACUGCUACAUUCAGAUAACACAUGUGGAUAGCAGCUAGAUCAGAUCAAAGGACUAAAUUUAGCUCUGCCCUCAUGUGGAUAAUCGGAAGCCUUUGUCGCUUUACAUUUUCUCCCCUUGUGGCAACUAUGUAUGUGAUUCUGACUAGAUGCAGUUCAGACUCUCUAUCAUCAUCUAAUAAUAGAUGCAAUCGGAAAUCUAUUGUCUCAAAGUAUUCUUUUCGUUUUGGACGUCCUUUCGCAUCUUUCUACCGCCUUGGCCCUUUCAUUAUUGUAACGAUUUGCAGUAGAGAGCCUGGAAACGUCUCAUCCCGUCCUGAAGGAAUACUAGCAGGGAGUUCUCCGAGC